AUGGCGUGCAGCACGCUCGCCGUCGCGCAGCGGAGCGACUGGAGGCGACGUGGGCCGCUUGCGCUGCCGCCACCGACGACGCCGCCGCCACCGCCGGGCGAGCACACGGUCGCGCUCGUCAGCACGAUGUGUGACAACGCCGACUCGUUCGACUCGUUCGUCUGCUAUUACCUCGCGCUCGGCUUCUGCCGGCUUUACAUCUACGUGGACGACGCCAGCGAUCCGGUCGUCGGCCUGGCCUCGCGCUACCCGUCCGAGAAGCUGCGGCUGCACGUGCGUGGCGAGCGACUGCGGGCCGAGUGGGAGCACCUACCGUCGUGGGGCCGGCUGGGCGUGCACCUCGACAGCGACGAGCUGCUGCACUUGCCGCUCGCCGGCGCUCUAGAGGGCCGCGCCGCCGUAAAUGCGUCGCGUGCGGAGCUGCAGCGCCAUCUCGCCCGCCUCUCGGCGCUGGGCGCGCUUCAGUUCACGUACUGCAACCUCGAGGCGGUGCCCGAGGAGGAGGAGGUGCUCGACCCCUUCGCCGCCGUCACACUCUUCAAGAACCAUCCGUCGCGCCUCGACGCCACCGCCAACGGCGCCACCCUCGCCCACCGGGCAAGCAACCUGCGGGACUCGCCCUACAUCCCUCACCAGAGGGCGUCCCUCGAUGCCUCUUGCUCCGCAGCGGUGCUGCACUUCGCCGUCUGCUCCUUUGCAGUCUUCUGGCGGAAGAGAUGGGCGGCCUUGGGCUACGCGUCCCCGAACCACCGCUUCCGAGGCGUCUCCGGCGGAAUAGACCAGUGUGCCAACGCGCUCGCGCUGACUGAGCGGCGGGCGGAGGCGCGCAGCCUGUACGGCAGGCACGUCAUGCUCGCGGACAGGGCGGAGACGGCGCGUCAGGCGCGGCUGGCGUUGUGUGCGGUGGACGACGCGGCCACUGGCGCGAGCCGUGUUGCGGCGAGGGCGCUGGCGGCGCGGGAAGGCGCAGAGGGUGGCUGCGGGGGCGGCGGGGGCGAUGGCGGCGGUGGCGGAGUCGGCGUUGGCGGAGGCGGCGGCGGCGGCGAUGGCGGUGGGGGCAGACGGCCGAUCUCGAGGCGAGAGCUGUGCGAGCUUGGCUUGCUGCCUCCAGAGGCGCUUGGGGAGGAGGGAUGCUUCGCGUGGCUCUUCGAGGCGGCGCGCCGCUCGCUCCGCUUGCUGCCGGCGCCGCACCACCGCUUCGACUUGGCGGCCUACUGGGCGAGCUCCGCCGCCUCGCGCUGCCUGAGAUUGCCCGAGAUGACCCGAGGCUAUCUCCUCCUUCAUCCGCCGCUCUCGCCCGCGCUGCUCGCGGGCGUUAGCGCCGAGGCGGCGGCGGUGCUGCGCGGCGCUCGCUCCGACCCGGCCACUCAGGAUUCGACUCUCUCCCGCCGCACGGCCGCGGUGUGGCUGGCGUCGCCCGAGGCGCCGCCGGGCGCGCCCACGCCGCCGCCCGCCCGCCCGCCCCCCGCGGAGCUCUUUGGCGCGAGCGCGGCACUCGAGGCGGGUCGGGCGGCGGGCUUGCGCCUCGCCCUGCCGCGGCGCGCGCUUCUCGAGGAGGCGGCGCCGUGCGAGGCGGAGGCGCCGUCGGCGCCAAACACCGGCUGGCCCGACACCGGGGUCGAGAUCUGCUGCUCGCUCUUUGCGGAGGGGGCGCCCGCGCUCGCCCUCGUCGGCCGAGACGGCGAGCCGACCUCGUGCCGUCUCGAGCCCGGCUCAGUGCUGCUGCUGCUCGCCCGGCAGGCGCGGUGCGGGCUGCAGCCGAGCGGCGAGGUCACCCCGCCGACCGUGUCCGUGUCCGUGUUCGCGUACUCGUCGUGGCAGCGGUCGGCGGACGGGCUACGCGUGCUCGGGGCGAGCGAGGAGGUGCGACGAGCGCUCGCAGGCGGCGGAGGGGCACCGUCGGGCACGGGGCAGAUCAAAUGA